CAAACAAGGAACUCUAGUUUCUCUUUCUCUCUUUUCACUGUGGAGAAGCUAUGGAAUUGAUCAAUAAGUUCUUAAACGUUACAGUUCCUUUUGUAGCGCUUGUUACGCUGCCCUUCUUCAUGCCACCAUAUUUCUUAUUCAAGUUUCUCCUAUUCACCAUAAGAACCAUAUUCAGUGAAGAUGUGGCUGGAAAAGUUGUACUUAUUACUGGAGCAUCUUCAGUCAUCGGCGAGCAUCUUGCUUAUGAGUAUGCUAGGAGAGGAGCUUGUUUAGCCUUAGUCGCCAGAAGAGAGCUUCGGCUCCGAGAAGUUGCCAGACGAGCAGAGCUGAUUGGUUCACCUAAUGUUACUGUCAUUCCCGGAGAUGUUACCAAGGUGGAAGACUGUAAGCAUUUUGCUGAGGCAACAGUGAGGCACUUUGGUCGAUUGGACCAUCUUGUGGCAAAUGCUGGUGUCGCUCCAGUCUGCAUGUUUGAAGACUACCCCGACAUUACGAGAGCCGCACCAGCCAUGGACAUCAACUUCUGGGGCUCAGCUUAUAGCGCUUGCUUCGCAAUUCCAUAUCUAAAGCAGAGCAAAGGAAAGAUCAUUGCCAUUGCAUCUGCUGCUGGAUGGUUACCUGUGCCAAGAAUGACCAUCUAUUGUGCAAGCAAAGCAGCUGUAAUUGCUUUAUACGAGACAUUAAGAGUUGAAUAUGGGGAGGACAUUAGAAUAACAAUCGUGAGUCCUGGUGUGAUCGAGUCAGAAAUGACUGAAGGGAAGUUCCUAAACAAAGCAGGCAAAUUGGAAGUAGACAAAGAAAUGAGAGAUGUUCGAGUAAGCUUGAUGCCAGUCCGAUCAACCGAAGAGUGUGCACAAGCUGUUGUUAACAGUGCAUGCCGCGGAGACAAAUACUUAGCAGAGCCAUCUUGGGUCAGGGUGUCAUUUUUCUUGAAAGCGUUUUGGCCAGAGAUAAUAGAGUGUUUCAACCACAUGCUACUGGUCACUGGACCUGGGGCUUCACAGAGAGACGCAGUAAGCAAGAGGUUGCUGGAUAUCGUUAGAGGGAUAAAGGAAUUUCUAACCCCAAACACAGUCCCAUUUCAUGAGCUCACGGCCCGUCUAGAUCAUGAAAGGUAUAGGCGGUCUCCAUACUAAAUGUCGAAAUGGGAAAACAUAACUUGAUUUCUCUUAUAUCAAGUGGCUAUAGCGUCUUUAGCAGUUUAUAAAAAUUGCAUUUAUCUAAUA